AUGGCUUCCAGUGCUUUGGCAAAACCUCAGAUGCGUGGCUUUCUAGCCAAGCAUCUGCGAUUUCUUAUUGUUGGAGCAUUCAUUGUAUCCCUGAGUGUUGCAACUUUCUAUAAGUUUGCUGUGGCUGAACCAAGAAAGAAAGCAUAUGCAGAUUUCUACAGAAAUUAUGAUUCCAUGAAAGAUUUUGAAGAGAUGAGGAAGGCUGGUAUCUUUCAGAGUACAAAGUGAUUUUGGAAUGUAAAGAAUGUCACUGGAUUGGUGCCAUGUUCCUGAAAUAUGAAUAC